AUGCUGAACAAUCUCAACGCAGCCGGAUUGGGUGUUUACCAUUUCUACCCGUCCGCAGGUCCGAAGGAAUGCGAUCUGCCGAAGUCGGGCCUCACAUCCCUGCACGGUGCGACCGGAUUUGGCCAGGUACCCAAUGCCGCCAACGCCGACAGCAACGGCAACCGGUUGCACGUCAACAGUGGCCCCGGUGGCAAUACCGGUGGUGCUGGUGCCGGCACCGGUGGAACAGGCGGCGGUUCCGGUGCAGGGUCGCUAUGUGAACCACACAACAUCCACCAGGAUCAGAAUGCUGACAAACAUGGCGCAAAACAGAAACGGCACCGAACACGCUUCACACCGGCACAGCUGAACGAGCUGGAACGUUGCUUCUCCAAGACGCACUACCCGGACAUCUUCAUGCGUGAGGAGAUUGCCAUGCGGAUCGGUCUCACCGAGUCACGAGUGCAGGUUUGGUUCCAAAACCGGCGAGCCAAGUGGAAAAAGCGAAAGAAGACCACGAACGUAUUCCGUACUCCGGGAGCCCUAUUACCUUCGCACGGAUUGCCCCCAUUCGGGGCCAACAUAACCAACAUCGCGAUGAGCGAAAGCUUAUGCGGCACGUCAAUGUUUGGGGGCGAUCGAUGGGGCGUUGGUGUUAAUCCGAUGACUGCCGGAUUCGGUCAGCUCAACCAAUCAUCCUCGCUUUCCUCAACGCUCAACACGGGGCUUAACUCGGGCAUUAACAUAUCCUCGGCGAUGGGAGCCGGCGGGUAUCAUAAUUAUGGACUGAACGCGUUAGGUGAUACGAUGAUGUACCAACAUUCGGUUGGUGGUGUAGGCUGCACGGGAGGCUCACCCACGUCCACCCCGCCCAACAUUAAUGCUUGCUCACCAUCCACUCCGCCCCUAACAAAUAGUGGCCAGCAGCCGAAUCAGCCUCAGCAGCAACAGCAUCAGCAACAACAGCAGCAACAACAGCAGCAGCAACAGCAAGGUGCCAGUCAGAACGAUGCAUCGGCCAGUGGGGAAAUGCCCGGCCCUAAUCAGCAUGGUAUCGGUAACUGUCAGAGCUUGUCGGCCGGUUCUCCGGAUGGAGAUGACGAUGUUUGGCGAGGACACAGCAUAGCGGCCCUGCGACGCCGAGCGUCCGAGCUGAAUCAAACCAUGCCCUCCUACUUGCACGCGCACAACUACGAUCACCACAACUCGGUGUAUUGA